AUGAUGGGUAUCAGUGCACUCCACACUUACUCUCCAAUCAAGUGUGGUACUUCAAAUCAGGCAUCUCCUAUGGUCGGACUUGAGCAUUCAACCCAUUGCAUAAGCUCACACUCUUCUCGUAAGCGAAACCGACGAGAGAGGUCUGAGCAAACUACUGCUGAUCUAGUCGCUCUAUCCCCUUUAUCUGCCAGACUCGGAGGUAUUGCCAAUCAUAACCACACCAACGCUAAUGUAGCCAAUUCUUUGUUGCUAGUAGAAAAGGAAGAAGACCAAGAUAUGGAAGUAGUCGCAUCUUUAGAUGUAUUUCAGUCCAGUGGAAUGGAUAUCGAUAGUGACAAGCUUGCCGCCCAUUCCAUUUAUGCAUUGACAUCUACGCAGUUGUCAGCUGCUAGAAGUUUAGCACGCGACCGGCUUUGCAAAGCGCUAUAUCUGGAUAUUCAAGUGCCUGUUGAACCCGAUGAGGAUCAAUUCACUACAGAAUCUGAUUCAACUAUUUCCUCUCGUAGGUUUCAUUUAGCUACUCCAUUGCGUCGUACUAAUCGCAAACUACCUGUUCAAAAAAGACACACUGCGUCGUUUUCUCUUAGCAUGGGUCGCUCUUACAAUCCACUUUAUGUUCCUGACGAUCAGCCAUCCCAAUCCAGUUUAAAAUGGGACAAUAUGGAAUAUACGUUCAACGUUUCUGCACCACUUGCUCAAAAUCUCCACCAAUCAUUAACAACCUCAUCAUCUGCAUUGCCUUGGCAACUUCCACCAACACAAGCACUUACCACCACUGACGGUACUACAAAGAUAUUUGUCACCGAUCAUUUCCCAAUUCCGGCAUUUGUUUUUUAUUGUUGUCGCUAUGUACUGAAAGAAGUGUGUCGUGUAGGAGCACAUUCACAGAGUGUUGUGCGUGUGUUUAAUACGUAUGAUGACAAGGGGUUUAGCAAUAAGUCAAGUGAAUGGAAUGCAGUGGUUGAAGCAGUAAACAAGGAUGGCUUAUUAGCGUUUCUAGAACAUUUGGACUCUGUUUUGAUAGAUCCAUGUCGAUCUGGGUCUGAAACCUCUAAUUUACUAAACCAUUUGGGUAUAAUGAGAGGGAUGGAGUUUGGCCACGAAGGAACAUCACAUUUAAAAAUUGGACUGGGAGUCUUGCAUACACAUUUGAUGUCUCAAAAUCAUUUGAUACCCAAGGUGCUGGAACCGGUAUUUCAAGGAAUUCUGGCUGUAAAUCAAGCUACUGGAACCGCACCAUUACGUCGAGAUUCUACCAUUCGAACACCAAAUAAUGCAACGCGUCGCUUACUCAGGGAUGCGUUGCUGCUUGUUCCAUCAGCUGAACGUAAUCUUCUUCAAUUCAUAUCGUUAUUUGGCACCUUGUUGACAUCAGGUGGCUCAGACUCUCUUUUGUCUUACGAUGGGCUUGGAAGUAAAGGCCCGACUAGAUCUACAACACCAUCUUCAUCAAACUACUUGCUUUCCAGUUCUCCUAUACCAACUCCUAUGGCUGAACGAUCGAUCCAGUUUUCACAUAUUGCGUCCUAUUUUGCUCCGUUUAUGUGCGAAUCAUCAACACAUCUCAAUCAACCUAUAUCCUCAACUACAAAACCACCACCGUGGGCUAGCGGAAUCAUUGAACUCUUGAUUAUAUGUGAUACAUCUACUGAAUCCAAUGUAUCGAUUUGGACGUUAUCAAGAAGUGCAAUGCACGAAAUUCGAUCACAGAUGUUGACAAUGAGGACGCCAAGUCGGUUCAUGGUAGGCGGGGUCACGCCGAGAAGACAAGCUCGGUACACGGCAAGUAAAAGAGAUUUAUCAUCUGCAAAAAAACGGUUGUUUAAAGGGAUGAAUGGUGGUAAUGGAAAAGGAUCAAGUGUUGGUUCACCCACUGGUGAUGUGUCGCGAUCUGCAUCACCAUUCACUGACACUCUACUCUGCGAGACUUCGGAUAUUGAUGGCGAACAGCGGAAUAAGAAGCGGCGCAGACUAGCAUGA